CUCAUAAAACCUCCGUGCUCACGAGCAAUGAGAAAGCAGUCUCCGCCCGUCCCCGCGACUCCACGCAGGGAAAUUCUAGUACUUUUAUACAGAUAUCUGCGGCUAGACUUUCAUUCCUCCCAGUCCAGCUGACCGAGCUCGUCGUCGCUCUCGCUGCUACGCAAUUGGCAUUCCAGUAACGGAGUUUUGCCUAUAUAUCUCCGAUAGUUUGGCCUAGGCUAGGCCCUUAGAUUCGUCUCAGCAUGGUGCAGAAAUACCAGUCACCUGUUCGGGUCUACAAGCACCCUUUCGAAUUGAUCAUGGCCGCGUACGAGCGCCGGUUCCCGACGUGCAAGCUGAUCCCGGUGUUCGUGGGGAGCGAGGUGUCGGACGAGUACCGGAGCGAGGACGGCGCCGUGCACGUCAUCGAGCGGCGGUGCAAGCUCAACGUCGAUGCGCCGUACUUGCUGAAAAAGAUCGUGGGCGUGGACUAUGUGUACUUCAUCCAGAAGAACAGUCUGGACCUGCGAGGGCGGACCUUGAAGAUCGAGGCCCACAACGAGAGCUUCUCCUCGAGGAUCGUCAUCAACGAAGUCUGCACGUAUUCCGUUCACCCCGAGAACCCGGAAUGGACGUGCUUCGAGCAGUCAGCCAGCCUGGACGUCAAGUCGUUCUUUGGCUUCGAGAGCACCGUCGAGAAGCUCGCCAUGAAGCAAUAUUCCCAGAACAUCUCCAAGGGGAAGGAGAUCAUCGAGCACUACGUCCAGGAGCUGCUGAGCGAAGGCGUGACGUACAUCCCGCCCUUCGAGGCGGCGAAGGAGCCGAAGCGCCGCCCGUCCCUCGAGGGGUCGACCGAGUCGCAGCAGAAGGAGCUGGACCUCGGGGCGUCCGCGUCCAAUCUGGGCCGCCCGCCCAAGACUAAGACCAAGAUCAAAGUGGAGAAGCGGCUGUCGAGAGAAGAUUCCAAGCUGGAGGCGGAUUACAUUCAGAGAUGCCUGGGACAGCUCACCCCCUUCCAGGAGUCGCGCCUGGUCCAGCUGAAGAAGUGGGUGGCGGAGCUGCAAAAGGGCAAGAUCCCGAGCGACGCCACGCUCCUGCGCUUCCUGAGGGCGCGGGACUUCAACCUGGAGAAGGCGAGGGAGAUGCUGUCGCAGGCGCUCAUCUGGAGGAAGCAGCAUCAGGUGGAUAAGAUCCUCAGCGAGUACGAACCUCCCCAGGUCGUGAAGGACUACUUCCCAGGGGGAUGGCACCAUCAAGACAAGGGUGAGGAGAGGGAGGGGAGGGGGCGGGGCGGGGCGGGGCGGGGCGGGGCGGGGCGGGGCGGGGCGGGGCGGGGCCUGUUAAGUUGUCUGGGUGGCCUUGAAAACGGGAGGCCGAUGUACCUGCUGAGACUCGGCCAGAUGGACGUGAAGGGUCUCGUCAAGUCCAUCGGGGAGGAAGGCCUUUUCAAACUCGUAGGGUUUCGAGCUCCUUCCUCGGUCGGUCGCGUUCGAGGCGUCGGUCUGACUGGGUCUGUGUUGCAGGUGCUGCACAUCUGCGAGGAGGGGCUGUGGAAGACGGAGGAGGCGACGCGGGCCCUGGGGAAGCCCAUCGGGACGUGGACCCUCUUGGUGGAUCUGGAUGGGCUCAACAUGAGGCAUCUGUGGCGUCCCGGCGUUCGGGCUCUACUGCGCAUCAUCGAAGUCGUCGAAGCGAACUACCCCGAGACGAUGGGCCGGGUCUUGAUCGUGAGAGCACCCCGGGUGUUCCCGGUGCUCUGGACACUCAUCUCGACCUUCAUCGAUGACAACACCCGACUCAAGUUCCUCUUCUAUUCGGGCAACGACUACCUGAGUUCUGGAGGACUCGUCGACUACAUGGACAAGGACUACAUUCCCGAUUUCCUUGGAGGAGACUGCAGAGUUGAGGUUGGAGAGGGAGGACUGGUCCCCAAGUCAUUGUACAUGGCAGAGGAAGAGAUCGAGAAGAACAACUUCACGCUUUGCGACGACACCAUCUAUCAUUGCGUCUCGCUCACCAAAGGACAGGUACACGAAGUGGUAAUACACAAUGAAGAUGUGGGUAGUGUGAUCUGCUGGGACUUUGAUGUCAUGAAACAGGAUGUCCAAUUCUCAGUGAUCCACACGAAGACCUCGGUCAUCCCGAGAGAUCCUCCCCAGAGUCCAACAGGACCCCUACAGACGAUUCAGAGCAUGAAUCCGUUGGCUCCCGACACAGAACAUCGGUCCUCUCUUGAAAAAAGCUGGAAGGAGGGAGCAGAUUACGUAAAGGUUGAACCCUCCUUCGUCUGCCAUGAUGGAGAGAGCAUUCAAGGUUCCCAUGUGACUCAUCACAAGGGUUCAUACAUCCUGCAGUGGAAGUUUUACGAAUCUCCACCCCCACAUUCGUUUCACACCGUGGCCGACUUCAUAGAUUCCAUCACGACGCACAAAGCCAAAGUCAUGUACUACUAUGAGACCCUCAAGUCAGCUGACUAUAAGGUACUUGCUUCUUCUCAGGGGUUCCAUGUCGAGCUUGCUGUCGACACAGAGCGGGUUCUCGCAGCUGAGCCUGAAUUCGAGCACUCACUCUGGAGCGGGAAGUUCCCUACCGUCCAGGUGACUAGCGGGAGACCAGGAAUCUUCGGCCAGUCCAUCUCAGCCAUCCAGAUGAACAAACACUAUGACACUGGAUCUGAUUCACCAUCCUCCGCUCCCAAUUGAGUCUCACAAAAACAAGAGUCCUGGAUCUCCGUGCGAUCUCAUGUCGAACUGUACCGGUCGACCCAGUGUGGUCGAUCGAGUGGCUUUCCCUCGGUCUGCCUCGUAAGGCCUUACGUUCAGCAGGAGCGUCGUGGAAUAGAAUUUCUUUUAUUCUAGUGUGAAGAGCACUUUUAUCUAUCAUUCCCUCACAUGCCGGUGAAGUAAAGAGGGAUUUUUAAAUUCAAUUUUUGUGGUGAUGAGACAAGUCAGAGACUUAUUGUGAACAUUAAGUUGUGAUAAUUGCCUUGACUCAGCCUUCUGUCUCUUGGCAGAUUGAGGACUUUGAUUCCACUCACCAAAAGUCCUAGUGCCUGUAUCAGGCCCACUUUGAAGCACUUGGAAUAAAUAUUGCAUUCUAGAUUUAAUUAUUUUAGAUUCAAGUUUUAAAUGUAUUACCCUGUGCACUUCAGCUGACAGGGAUUUAGUCAGUGGUAUUUUCUCUGAUGUGAUUUUUUCUUUGACAAUAUUGGACUAUUCUUCAUUCCUCUUCUCACCCUUUUCUACUUCUUUUGAAACGGAUUGAAGUGAGUUCAUGCCGAUAAGCAUUUUUGAGCGUCUUCCUUCUUGUGACGAGAGUCUUUGCCAUGUUCUGUCCCAAAGUUGGGGCUUGACUUGUCAUUGACAUUUGUCUUGAGUUCCAUUAGCCAAGUGAAGUAAGGUUAAGUAUGGACCCUGAAAAGUGUCUGGUCUGGGAGCUGGAUUCUCCUCUUUCUUGUGGAAAUAGGUGAAAUAUACUUGUAGUCUUCACA